UGUAUUUUGCGAUUUGUCCUCACCAUUUUGUUUAGUGAGAAGAAUUUCUAAAUAUACAAAUUGGCCAAAAAAUAAUUAAAUCUCCUUUGGAAUUCACAUACAAAAUAUAAUGUUUAUAGAACUCGUGUUAUAGAACUUAUUCGCUGAAAAUGAUUGUUCAGGAGCCUGUACAGGCCGCUAUUUGGCACUGUUUAAACCACUAUGAUUAUUCAAAUGCUGUGUUCUUAUCUGAACGUCUUUAUGCUGAAGUAAAAACAGAUGAAAUUUUAUUCCUAUUGGCAACUGCUUAUUACCGCAGUGGGAAGAAACAACAGGCCUAUUACUCUUUACACAAAGACUUAGAUGGGCUGUCAUCUCAGUGUCAGCUUUUAUAUGCACAAUGUGCCUAUGAAUUAGAAAGGUAUGCAGAGGCAGAAUCUGCGCUUACAGAAGGUGGUUCUAGUGCCUCUAUUGAACAAAUUGUAGUACAUUUUGGGGAGGAAGCUGCCUUUGCCUUGCUCCUCUUGGGCAAAAUUUGUGCUAAGACUGAGAGGAGACCCAGGGCAGUGGAGGCAUGGAAAAAAGCACUGAAAAUUAAUCCAUUCUUGUUCUCUGCCUUUGAAAGUUUAUGCAAAUUUGGUGAAAAGCCUAAUCCCGUCAGUAUAUUUCAAACAGAUAACAUUGAAAAUAUGUCGGAUGUCCAUGGUCACUCAAUUAAUGACAUUGAAACAGUUUUUGUCACUACACCUAUGGAUAACCAGUUAAACGAAAAAGAUAUAAGUUUACGUGGACUUAAAUUUCCUAGUGUUGGAUUAAAACAUUUAAGACUAUUGAAACAAAGGCUUUUUAUGGAAGAUGACACUCCUUCACCACUACCCAACUGGAGGUCGGGUUUGGAACCUUUAACACAAACUGGGAAAAAGUGUAUUAGUGGUGUGGGUGCAUUAUUAGAGACUGAGAGCCCCAGCUUUGGAUUUCUUUGUGAUAACAAACAUGUUGGGGAUUAUAUAGGAACACCCGGCCUUUCACAUUUCUCGCCAGCUUUAAUGGAAUCUAAUCCACAUCAAUCUAUUGGAAAACGUAGUAGAGUACAGGUGGAUCAGAUAAUUAGUAGAAAAACCAAAGAGUCAGUAUUACAACAAAACACUAAGCCAGUACUGAGCCAAUCCUCAAAUUUAACUACCCCCUCAACCCCUGUAACUAAUCACUUAACCACUGAAUUAAAUCAAAAUGUCAGACGGAGUUCUAGGUUAUUCAGUUCCUGUUCAGUAAAAGAAAACAAUAAAUCUCCCUCUAGAAAUAAGUUCGUUACGCCAAAGUCACCCUCGAAAAAAAGCAAACAGCGUUUAGUCAAAAGCGUCAAUAAAAAUAAUCACGAAGAAUUAAACGCCAAUAAUGAGAAUAGUAGUAAGGAUAAACCAGCGACAAUAACGUCAGACGCCAAAAUCGAAAAGAACGCUAAUCACAGCAGCGUGCACGAAGACUUUGUUCAACAGGCGGUACAGAUGCAAAAACAAAGUUGCGACGGUCUCAUGGCUUUGCUUAGGAAUAUUGGGCAGGCCUAUGUGGCCCUUAGGAGUUACGAUUGUCAUAGUGCCAUAAAAAACCUUUUAGCCCUGCCAUCAAAUCAGUUUAAUACUUGUUGGGUGUACACACUCAUGGGCUUGGCAUAUUUUGAGAUGAACGAUUACGAACCGUGCAUAAAAUAUUUUGAAAUGGUUCAUGAGCGAGAACCAGACAGAUUAGAUUAUCUGGACGUAUAUUCGACCGCCUUGUGGCACCUUCAAAAGGAGGUAUCGUUGAGCGCUUUAGCCCAAGAUCUCGUAACGCGAGAUAAAAAUCACCCGGUGACGUGGGUCGUACAAGGGAACUGUUUCUCGUUGCACAAAGAACACGAUACUGCUAUUAAGUACUUCCAAAGAGCGGUUCAGCUGGACCGAACACAUUUUUACGCAUAUACUCUUUUGGGGCACGAGUAUAUUUACACGGAAGAGUUAGAAAAGGCCCUGAACUCAUUUAGGACGGCAGUGCGGAUCAAUCCGAUGCAUUACAACGCGUGGUUUGGUAUGGGCAACAUUUAUUCCAUGCAACAGAAGUACGAUUGGGCCGAGCUGCAUUAUAACAAAGCGUUAGCAAUAAAUAGGCAAAGUUGUAUUAUUUUGUGUCAUAUUGGCAUGGUGCAGCAGGUGCGACAACAGACGGAAAAGGCUUUAGCGACCUUCAAUAAAGCCAUUGCGGCAAACCCAAAAUCACCAUUGUCAAAGUUUCACAGGGCGUCGGUAUACUUUACCAUGGGUAGGAACGAAGAAGCCCUAAAGGAACUUGAAGAGCUCAAAGAACUCGUCCCUAAUGAAUCGUCGAUUUAUUAUUUAAUAGGUAAAAUUCAUAAAAAAUUAGGCAACACCGAUUUAGCGCUACAACACUUUAGUAGAGCGACAGCAUUGGACCCGAAGGGGGCGAUAGGACAAAUUAAAGAGGGUAUUAAUCCCACGAUGGGUGACAGUAAUGCCGAAGUGUUAGAAAGUCCUCAUUCCCCCAUUUCUGACGACCUUGAGUCUGAAAGUAACAUGGGCAGCCAAGGUCUAGAAGAAAGUUUCGACGCCCUGCCAGGAGAUAGCGAUGAUAGCGUAUUCUAUUAGAUCUAAAUUUACAUUAAAAACCUAUAUUCAAGGUGAUUCCAAAAUGACGCAUAUCACGUAAUGCUUCCUUCAAAGAACCUCAGGCAAAUAUUUAAAAAACAUCAAGUUAUUUUUUUGUCACGUUAUUAAAAUCUGUCUUAAAAUCGUACCUUUUAUGUUAUCCUAUUAUAAUCAAUUAUUAUUUGGAGGUAUACAGAAGACAUUCAUGGAUUUCUUAAUUUAAAGUGUAUCUCUGUAUCCAAAAUGUAACUGCUUAUAUUUUAAGGCUAUACUCUAUUUCAGAAGUGUGUAGAGCAAUAAAACCUCGUUAGGUAUGCAAAAGUGGUACCUGGUGAUCCACCAAUAUUUUAUGCCACUACCUUAGUUGGGUAUUAGUUUCAAUGUAAAAUUCUUUCUUUUCGUUGAUUGCAGGUAGUGCCACCCGGUUUUGGGUAAAUUUAUGAGUUUUGCCCAUUGUUACCCACUGAUAAACAUUGAAAACGGUUCGCCAAAGGCGUGCAACUGGGACUUGUUUUUUACCUUAUAAUUAAUGUACUUAAAUGCUAUUUUAUUUUAGAAAGUUACUUUUGUUUAAAUGGAAUAAUAUAUUUUUUUCACAAAUUUAUUGAACAUAAUAUGUAGAGUAAAACAGUUGAAAAUGUCACUUUUGGAUCUGGCACUUUUUGAACAGUGUAUAACAAUUUUAAAUUAUAAUAGAUUGUAGUCUUCUUCGUCAUCUGACGAACUGUCAUCACCUCUUGACAUUAUAAUUAAAGGAUCGACUGUCUGAUCGAUGAGGUUGUCAAGAUCCCACAUUUUGUCCUCUUGCUUAAUUACAUGCUGGACUGCUUUUCGCCAAUUCUCUGGUGUCGCUUCCGUAAUGGCUUGAUCAAACAGUAGCAUAACAUCUUUCAUUUUAAAAGUCGUGUUUUGUCUUGCUACAAAUCCUUUUACCUGCGCCCAUAUCAGUUCUAUAGGAUUUAGUUCGCAAUGAUAUGGCGGUAAGCGCAGUACAGUUAUAUUAUAUUUUUCGGCUAUAUCUUCCACGGCGUAUUUCAUGAAACGAGUUUUGUGUAAGUUUGCUAUUGCCAGCAGUUCUUUUUUUAUCAAAUUUGCUUCAAACGCAAUACCUUUUGCAGUCAGCCAAUCGAUAAUUUCUUGCUUUCUCCAACUUGAAGUUGGCGUCUUCUCUAUUCGCCGUGAAUGAUAGCUUGCGUUAUCCAUAACCACCACCGAAUUAGCCGGAAGAAAUUUUAUCAUUUCACCAAAAUAGUCCUCGAAAACGUCUGAGUUCAUGUCUUCAUGGUAAUCUCCUGUGCGAGUCGACUCAAAGGUUAGCAGACCUUCUUUUAAAAAUCCCUCUUCGCUUCCAAUAUGUGUGAUUAUAAGUCUUUUUCCUUUUCCCGAAGGUACUUUAAUACCCGUAGACAGGCCUUCUAUGAAAGCUUGGCGAGCACUGGUUAUAUUUUUGUCUUGCCACAUUUUUUGGACUAUAUAACCUUCGUUAAUCCACGUCUCAUCAAGAUAAAAAACUUUCUUUUGCUCCCUGCGGUACUGCUUGAUACUUCUCAAGUAUUGUCGUCUCCAACAAACAAUUUCGUCGCUCUCCAGUAAAAGUGCUUUGCGGUUAUGCUUUUCCCAGGCAAAAUCCAUAUUUUUUUAAGUUUUCCAUAAAAGUUUUCUACUUUUCAACGGAAUACUGUCAUCUCGGCCAAGCUCCAUUAAAAUUUUGUCUAGGGUGGGUAUUUCCUUUUUAAAAUAAAAAGAGUGAACUUUUCUUCGAAUUAUACAUUUAGCAUUUUCAUCAAGGACUUUUGUAGGUCGUCCUGGCUUUUGCUUGGAAGAUUCCACUUGACCUGCUACUUUUCUUUCCCGCAACAAUUUGAAAAUGGUGGACUUUCCAAUUCCAUUCAUUCGAGAACAUUUUUCAACAAUUUCUUGCACAGUAAAACUAGGGUAAUCGUGUUUUAUGCAAUCAUGUACAUUUAAAAUAAUAACUUUUUCACUCAGCGAUAGUGGAGAAUUUUUAGUACAUCUUUUCGUUGGACUGAAUACCUCCAUUUUUUAAAUAUUGGGAUAAUAAUAUUGUGAUUACACUACAGCGUAGCAGUGACUACUAACGUUUAAAAUAUGAUUUAAAAGUAUUUAUAGUCUGUAUAUAUUACCUGACCCCAUUUUUGCAUGUUACAAAGCGUUAAAAGAUAGGUAUCUAUACAAAAGGAUUAAAAGUAUUUAUUUAGUAUUUAAUCUCUUUCAAAAUAAAGGCAUUUAAUCCGUAAAAAUUAAAUUCAUAAAUAUUAUAAGUACCUGCGCCUAUGAACUACCACGAAAUGUAGCCAAACAGAACGGAAUUCCCCACUUUAUUGCUCUAUACACUUCUGAAAUAGAGUAUAAUUUAACUAGAGCCAUAUUUAAAGUUUCAAAAAAGAUGUACAAGAAAAAUUUGAUUUGCGAUUAUUAUUAUUAUUGCAGAUAUUUAUACUCUGAUCAAGGAUAGUGCUGCAGAAUUCCGUGUUAACCUCAUAUCCACAUAAUAUAUUUAAUUCGAAUAAUCCAGAAUUCGUUGCUAUUUUCCUGACUUUUCAUGGUUUCUAAAACAAUAAAAUAUACGUGAAAAUAUACUAUUCAGAAAUGUUGCAAUUUCGAAAUGUAAACGAUGAAUAAAUUGAAACUAUUGAAAUUUACUAUUUUACAUUAAAGUUUGUUUCUGCGAUUCUUUAAAGCGGAAUAUUUAAAGCCAUUUUGGAAUCACCCUGUACGGAAAUAAUUAUUUUUAGCACGCGUACCGUGUCGGGCUUUUAUCGUACUAUUAAAUUUGGUGUGUAUUUAAAAAAUAUAAUAUAUUAAGUAGUAAAAUAUUAGGUACGUGUUUCGAUUUAUAAUUCUCGCAAAUCUUCAAAUAUAGGGUGUAAAUUAAAAUACGGUUAUUCAUUUUUUAAAAACUGGAUAGGAACGUCGUGGAAAAAGGUCGGGUACUCCAAUAUAAUACAUAAGUUAAAACAACAGAUUGUUAUUUAUGUGUAUUGUUUUUUUUUAUUGUAGAAUACUUUACUUUGUUUAUAUGUAUUAAAUUAUUAUUAAUGAUUUAUUUAUAUUAAAUGAUUUUUCAGCGUGUUCAGUGGCACAGUGUUAGUUUUUUUUUGUAACAAUGGGUAUAUUGUGGCAAAAGUUGUACACACUGUAAGUGUAAAAUGGUAUUUUCUCGCAAUUGUGUGUAUGUUUUGAAUAUUUUUUUUUCUAAGUCUUGCACUAGGGAAAAGCUAACACUGUUCUGCCUCAUUUUCUAAUUAUGUAUAUAUAAAAAAAUAUUUGAAAAAUUAUAA